CGUCAAGCAGAGUUAGAAGAAGCGUAAGUUUGUUUUUUUUUUUUAAUUGUUAUUUAACCGGAUUUUUUCGUUUUAUUGUUGUUGUAUGUGAUGUUAGUACAGGGAAUUUUUUUCUUUUUUUUUUAUAUUUUAUCCCUCUUUGUUUGUACCUUACUGAAAGGCUCCCCUUUUUUUUUCCUUCUCGGUUUGGUUUAAAUGCAACAGAAGACAAGAAAAAGAACAUGUCCACGAGAAAGAACAUGAAGAAAAAGACACAAGAUUACGUGAAUCGAUGAUGAGGGAUCAACUCAUAAUGGAGCAACAUCCUGAAUAUGCAAACAUGUUGGCUCAUUUGGAUGAGGCAAAAGCUGAUCGUUUACAUAUCAUGGAAGCUUGGAGAACCAACGAACGACAAAAUGCGCAAAGACAAUUCAUAGCACAAUCACAGCAAGCUUGGGAUAGUUUUCAUGUAAGUUGCUAUGAGAGGCCUCCUAUUUUCUGUACACUGCAAGAUUACUGCUACUGCUUUAUUCUAUUGUUUUUGCUCAUGCUUUAUUGCUGUGCAAAAAACCCAAAACAUCACUUUCUUUUUUUGCCCUUUUCGAUUGAAAAAACGAAAGGGAAAAAGCAAGUACACCAACAGCAAUCUGAGUGUUACGUUGCACCUAGCAGAAAAAAGCUUGAUUUCUUGCCUUUUUGUUUCAUGACAAUCCCAAUCUGAUCUUUUUUCUAAUACAAAUGUAUAGUAUGCUAAAGCACAGCUUCGUGCAUCGCUCGUGAGCAAGAUUCAACAAAAAAUAGCUCAACUAAAAGAAGAGAAAGAAUUGUUUGACAGACAAGUCAAAGCUCGUCAAUACAACAAUGAACAAUUGAUGCUACAACAACAAAGUCAGCAGCAGCAGCAGCAGCAGCAGCAAAAUGAAUUAGAGUAUGAAAAUUGGGUGCCACCUGAUAGAUUGCAUGCUAUC